CGUGAAUCUACGCAUUGCAACUUACCUGUCUGAGCCUCCUCUCAUCUCCCUUGGAUUUCGCGCAUCCAAUCUCAACAGAGAUGGAGCGCAGCGUAGCCGAGGAUGGUGCUGUUCCGCCAUCCUCAGUCCAGACGAACCAAGGAUCCCUCGAUACGCAAAUUCUGGAUGGUCCGACUUCAGCCACACAUGAAGUCGCUGCCGGCAUGAAGAGCGCCUUCGAAAAAGGUAAUAUCCAUGAAGUGCAGUUGCAGACAGAUCCUGCCAAGUCCGACGUCUCCCCUGGCUCAACAAUCACUUCCGGAUCGACGAGAGGGGAUCGGCUCAAGAGCAAUGUGGAUAGGUGGAAAAUUCGACUUGAUCCGCUCAAGACGACAACGAUUCCGCCCGUGCCUGACGUGCGAGGGCCGUCGAAUGAACACAAUGCCGGGCUUUUUUCGAAGCUGAUGUUCCAUUGGCUGUCGCCGCUGCUCUCAAUCGGCUACCAGCGUCCUUUACAACUCAACGACAUCUGGAUGGUGAACCCUGAUCGCGGUGUCGAGAGCUUCGCCGAUCGAUUGCUCGAGACUAUGCUUGCGCGCCAGAAGGUCACUGGUAGGUGGAAUACUGCAACCGUGACCCUUUUCAAGGUUUUUAAGAGAGAUUUCAUUCUCUCCGGACUGCUCCAGCUUACAGCGGCUUGCUUGCAAAUUCUCUCGCCAUUUGUUCUACGCUAUCUACUCCUGUUCAUCCAAGACGCUUAUGUAGCGAAAAUCAACGGCAGCCCUGCCCCGCCGAUUGGAAGAGGAAUCGGCUUUGUGCUUGGUCUCACGGGCAUGCAAAUCAUACAAUCCAUGUGUACCAAUCACUAUUUCUACUCUACGAUGAUGAUGGGUGCCGAAGCGAAGUCGGCCGUGACCGUGUGCAUCUUCAACAGAGCGAUGAAUCUCUCUACGAGGGCCAAAGCCGGUACCAGCGACAAGGAAGGUUGGUCAGACGGACGUAUCACAAAUCUCAUCUCAACGGAUGUGUCACGAAUCGAAACAGGGGCGCCAAUGAUCCAUCUGUGUUGGACAGCACCGGUGCAGAUUUUGCUCGCGCUGGCGCUGCUUCUUGUAAACAUCGGAUACAGCGCGCUGGCAGGUUUCGCAUUCAUUGUGAUCAUGAGCCCUUUACUCGGCCGCGCAGUGAAAGCUCUCAUGUCGCAUCGCCAAGAGAUCAACACUCUGACGGAUCGUCGAGUCCGGAUUACGCAAGAGAUUGUCACCAGCGUGCGGCAUAUCAAGCUAUUUGGUUGGGAAACCAGCUUUCUCGACAAGCUCGCGACAGCACGGGCACUGGAGGUGAAGAAAAUCUUCCACAUUCUCACAAUUCAGAACAUGCUCCUUGCAGCGUCUUUGGUCACUCCGGUGUUUGCGGCCAUAUUGACAUUCGUCACAUACAACCUCUCCGGACAUUCACUUGAUGCAGCACGGAUAUUCUCCUCACUGGCAUUGCUAAAUUCGUUGACCACACCGUUGGAGUACUUGCCCGUGGCUUUGACCCAUGUCGUCAAUGCUAGUGCAUCCUUAAAGCGAAUCAGUGAGUUCUUUGAGGCGGAGGAGUAUCAACCCAUUCUUCCAGGCCGUCCGAACGAUGACGCGCUGGCUGUCGUCGUCGAACAAGCCAAUUUUGCUUGGGAUGGCAACAGUGGUCAAACAAGCCACGGGACUUCGAAGUCAGGUCGCCCCGGUGCCGAUGUCAGCACAUCACCGAUCCAGACCACGGAGAAGGGUGUUGUACCCCGUACGGACAAGAAAGACGAGGCGAUGUCUCAGAGCCCGAUCCCCAAUGAGAAAGUCACGGCAUCCGUACACGGAAAGGAGCCUCUAAAGACAGCUUUUGAGCUUCAGCACAUCGACUUUUCAGUCGGACGAAAAGAGCUUGUUGUUGUUGUGGGAUCAGUAGGUGCCGGGAAGAGUUCGCUUCUCAGCGGCCUGGUCGGUGAAAUGCGCCACACUCAAGGGACAGUGUCGCUAGCUAGCCACCCUGCCUACUCUCCUCAGUCGGCCUGGAUACAAGAUGCGAGCGUGAAGGAAAAUAUCCUAUUUGGCGAGCGCUUCGACAGUGCGUGGUAUGACGCCGUUGUUGAUGCGUGCGCCUUGCGCGACGACUUUGCCACCUUGAUCGCUGGAGACGACACGGUUGUCGGCGAAAAGGGCAUCACCCUUUCUGGCGGACAGAAGCAGCGGAUAAACAUCGCUCGAGCGGUGUACUCCCGGCGAAAUAUCGUCUUGAUGGACGAUCCGCUCUCGGCCGUGGACGCGCAUGUCGGGAGAAAGAUCAUGGACGAAGCAAUAUGCGGCUUGUUGCGGGAUAAGUGUCGUAUCCUUGCGACGCAUCAGCUGCAUACAUUGGCCCGGGCCGACAAGAUCAUCUGGAUGGUGGCUGGCCAGAUUCACAAAAUGGGCACACUGAAGGAGUUGAUCGCGAGCGACACUGGAUUCCAGGAAUUGAUGGCUACUGAGCUCAAGGAUCAAGACGAGCAGCAAGAUGAUCAGCCUAAGCCCGAGGUCGUGGCUGGAAACCCUCCAGGUGGAGAUCCGGAGAAGUCAGUGUCACAAAGCACAGUGGCAGGUCCCGCCAACAAGGCACGCGAAGAGGGUCGUGCAGUCGGAGGCCUUCAAUUGGAGGUCUACCUUGACUUUUUACGCGCAACUGGUUCUAUUUUCAAUGUGCUCAUCGUCCUUGCUGUUGUUGUUAGCUCUCAAAGUGCUAGCAUCGUCACCGGUCUUUGGUUGUCAUGGUGGACAUCCGACCGGUUCUCGCUGACAACCGGAACCUACAUCGGCAUUUACGUCGGAAUUGGGACACUGCAGUCGUGCCUCAUGUUCUGCUUUGCCAUCGCUUUCUCUUACUAUGGCACGGAAGCGAGUCGCGUAAUGCUAUCAAAUGCUGUAACAACCGUCAUGAGAGCACCCGUGCGGUUUUUCGACACUACGCCCACGGGUCAGAUCAUGAACCGCUUCUCCAAGGAUAUCGAUACUUUGGACAACGCCCUUCCCAAUAACCUGAGGAUGCUGUGCUGGCUUUUCGCGAACAUCCUUUCGGUUUUUGCCUUGAUCAUCGCCUACUACCACUGGUUCGCGCUGGCGUUGGCGCUACUUUUCUUGCUGUUUCUCUACGCGGCGGCUUACUAUCGAGCCUCUGCUCGCGAGAUUCAGCGGCAUGGCGCAGUGCUCCGUAGCGACAUAUUUGCUCGAGUUGGGGAAGGUGUCUCCGGAGCAGCCACCAUUCGUGCUUAUGGAGCAAUCUUACGCUUCCAAUACCGAGUCUCGGCUGCAUUGGACUCCAUGAAUGGAGUAGCCUUCAUUGGCACAGCACUCCAGCGGUGGCUCACACUCCGCUUGGACGCGGUCGGAAUCCUUGUGGUUUUUGUUGUUGGCAUUCUUUUAGUGACCUCCCGGUUUGAUGUCAGCCCGAGUAUCGGGGGUGUUGUCUUCUCUUACGUCCUUGGCAUAGUCCAACUGCUGCCGAUCACCGUUCGACAGAUGACUAAUGUGGAGAACGACAUGAACUCAGUGGAGAGGCUUCACCAAUACAGCAAGAGCUUAGAGCAGGAGGACUUUGCUGGAUCCGACACCAUUCAUGCUUCCUGGCCUGAACGGGGCGAGAUCAGGUUUGAAAAUGUUUCCAUGCGAUACCGGCCCGAACUGCCGCUCGUGCUGAAGGAUCUUUCAAUUCACAUCAAAGCCGGCGAGCGUGUGGGCAUUGUCGGCCGCACUGGCGCUGGAAAAACUUCCAUUGCAACGGUGCUAUUACGGCUGACCGAGCUGAGUGGAGGGAGCAUUACCAUCGAUAAUGUCAACAUCCGCUCGAUUGCGCUCGAGACUUUGAGAUCACGAUUAGCGGUGAUCCCUCAAGACCCUAUGCUCUUCCAAGGAACCAUCAGGAGCAAUCUGGAUCCGUUUGACCGCUACUCGGAUUCCGAGCUCUGGUCUGCGCUGCAUCGUGCACGAUGGGCAGUUACUGCCGAGUCAGACGAUAAAAAAUCUGUGGAUCUCGACGUCACCGUGGAGGACGAGGGCAAGAACUUUUCUCUCGGACAGAGACAGCUCCUAGCAUUUGCCAGAGUGCUCCUGAAGGACAGCAAUAUCGUCAUGUUUGACGAGGCCACCAGCUCCAUAGAUGUUGGGACCGAUCGCGCCAUCCAGCGCAACAUGCUGGUGGCAUUGUCGGGAAAGACGGUAAUUUGUAUCGCACACCGCCUGGAUACCAUUCUUGGGUAUGAUCGCAUUCUGGUCAUGGAUUCGGGUCGUGUGGCCGAGUUUGAUGAACCCAGGACGCUUUUCGACAGGGGAGGCAAAUUCUAUGCACUUUGCGAAAGAAGCGGUAUCACGAGAGAUCAUCUAGAUAGUGCUCGUAAGAAGGACGGCGAGUACUGAGCACUGAGCGCUUGCUACAGUCCCAGGCAUUUUGGGAAGAACAGUCUUGCAGUCCUCUUUGCCUGCAGCGACCUGCCGGAUCGAGCAAUGAAAUAUACAAAGUAUAUCGGUGUACUUUUACGUCCAACAAAUGUGAAGUCGGCGAUUGCCUUUACCUCAGGCAAAUGUUUUACUUCAGACAA